AUGCACUCCGGCGAAAAUUCGGAACUGAAGCUUACGCCUGAUCAUACAAGUGUGAACAGUGUAGGUAUUGCACAAAGCCUGGGAAUCGACGUCACAAUCACUCCAUUUACUAUGCAAACAAAUUCUACAAACAAUCCACCUGUCAGCAAUGGAACAUUGGUAAAUGAUGAUCCAGCUACGCCAAACUUGAGUAGUGCACACGUAGAGAGACGGGGUCGUAAGCCAUUGAAGGAUGGUCUGACGCAGGAGACCUUUUUUACUCUAUCACAUAGUCUACGUGGCUUGGCAGCAUGUAAACGAUAUCUUUUAAACUCUAAGGGGUUCAAGUUAGUACUUCCGGGUCGUAUUAAUAAUGACCCCAUAGAGAUGAGCUUUUCAAUAGCUCGUGCUAUGGCAGGAGGUAACUCACACUUAGAUAUAUGUGCGUAUUUGUACGCACAAAGAACACUGCUUAUACGUGCGAUAUAUGACAUAUGUGCAAACCCCGAUUUCAGUCACAAUAGGGAAGCCUAUAAUCAGCUCUUCGAAGGAAUACAUGAGAAGACCAGUGCAUUAGAACAAAUUACCAAAGGAAAAGGCUUAGAUAGUGAUGAUCAGAUGUUUGUAGAGUAUUCGAAAAGUCUCAUCGCUGAGUUAGACCGUAAGGGCUUAUCGUGGCCGACUGCUUUGAUGGUGGUGAUGUCUGGGCUUGUAUUGAAUGUUGUAGAUGUAAUUGUUGCAGACAAAAAAAUGUUGAGACAAUUCAACGAGUCCACGAGCGCGAGUCGUGUGGGACUGCGCGUGAUCAAGACGUUCCUGCGAAAGAGAAUCAAUUUGUGCCGUAUGCUGAUGCCUUUACGUGAUCGAUGUCUAGACUGCGACUCAGAUCGAUCAGAUACUAUUGUUAAACCAACAUUGAACACACUCUACAAUGUGGCAUGCAAUAAUAUGUCAUUGUUGCUUAAUCGCAAAUGUGCGGCUACUAUGGUUACACUUAGUAUAGUGAAGGCAGAUACAAAGAAAGGUCGACCGACAUCGAUACGCGGUACCGAAGGGUCUACGUACACACACGAUAACUCGGGGAAGUGGACGACGGAUAGGGAUAAUAUUAUUUAUUUCAAAAAUGGCAAGUAUUUAUGA